GUGCGGUGCUGCUCCUCUGUUUGGCCAAGCAGAGGAACACGAGUUCUUUUCUGGCGGGGGUGGAUGGCAAGUUUUUUUUUUUUUUAUUCCUAGUUCUCGUCCUUGAAGUAGAUGUGCUGGAACAGGUCAGCCGAGAAAACGAGGCUGAGUGAUUGUAACGUGUAUUAAAGUAACGUGUAUUGUAUACUUGUAUUAAAUACUUACGUACAUAUUGGAGGGAGAAUGCUGAAAAAAUGUUGGAAAGAAGCUCUUAAAGGUUUAAUAAUAAUUAACAUGGAUAAAACCGAGACUAUAAUCUAGUGACUUUCGCAUCAGCCUGUUGGCGCUAAUACAGAGCGACAGGGAAUGUGUUGGUGAACGGUAGCAUGCAGAUUUUUUAUUAUUUCUCUUUGGAUAUGCUCGGAGUCUGCAGAGGCAUAGAGAUGAUGGGUUAUGUGACAGCCUGCAUCUCGGGGUUGUGGAGGGGGGCUGGGCUUGUGUCGCUCAAGAAAUUCAAGUUUGAGAACAGGGAGACACGAGACCAGCGUGCCUUUGUUUUAUUUGGUCCUGAAAGUGAAAUAUUACUAAGCGAGAUUUCUGAAAGAUAGAAAAAUAAGUCUGAUUCAGAAGAGGAAAGACUGAUAUAAGAUAAAGGAUAUAAGUUUGAUGAUUUCCACACAGAAUGGUCUUGGGGCAGUCUGGAUUUCUGGGCUAAAGUCUUCAAGUGCUGCUGAUUCAGACAGUGACAUAUUGCUGAAAUUGCGAUAGCAGUGAUACCUGUUACGGUGCACGCUGCAUGAACCAAGUCGUUGAACUGCUUCCUGAUACAAUCAGUGUUUUCAGUUUCUCCAUCUGUAUGUGCAGUACAAGUUCCUGUUUGUUUCACAACGUGUGUUUGUAUAAUCAGUGUUAGCAUCUUCAGUUCGCGUGCUUUGUACUGAAGGACGAGCCACAGGGCAGAUGAUCGAGGAAAUGAAUGCAGCUUUACUGCGUGACGGCAGUCGGAGCUGGAACACUUGUUAGGCACUUGUGUGCGUGGGGAAGGUUCCCGUUCACUGCGUGAACCUGUGACCCAAAGCCGUGUCCCGGCUGGAAUGCGCAGGCGGUGCAGACGCUGCCGCCACCACCCACGGCUCGUACGGGACAUUGCCCUGCGUGCAGAGGAAAGGUUGAGUCUGCCUUGCUGUCAGAUACCGGCUUCCAUGAGCACGACAACAUAUGAGGAGCUCAGUGUGGGACCCUUAAAGCAGAUUGUGACAUAGACUUUGGCUGUAUUUUUCACAAUUGCUGAAGCUAGAAAUCCGAGCGAAUGCCUGUGCCACCACCACCGCCGCCACCUCCUCCUCCACCACCUCCACCACCUUCUGGAGGGCCCCCUCCACCACCACCUUCUGGAGGGCCCCCUCCACCACCACCUCCACUGGCAAGCUCAGAGAUACCAAAGUUGCGAAAGGAAGACCAAAAAGCACGGAACGCGCUCUUGGCUGAUAUCCAGCAGGGAACUCGCCUAAGGAAAGUGACCCAAAUCAACGACCGCAGUGCACCACAGAUUGAAAAACCCAAAGGAGCUAACAGAGAUGGAGGUAACCCAGCUGUUAAUAAAGGUGGUUCUCAGCAGCCUCUGGGAGGUUUAUUUGCUGGUGGCUUUCCUGUUCUCAGACCAGCAGGCCAGAGAGACAUGACAGCAGGGAGGCCUGGGCAGCUCUCCGGAGCCCGAGCAGCAUCCCCCAGACCAUCCGCACCGCCGAGCAGCGGCCCCUCGCAGCCGGCCGAGGGCCCCAGGGCCGCUGUCCCACCGGAGCCUCCCGGCCCCUCCCGAGCCGCAGCGGGGGCGGGCCCCGGGCGGCCCAGCCUUCCCGCCCCCCCUCCACCGCCUCCCGCUUCCAGCAAGCCUUCCCUCACCUUCCCUCCUCCUCCCCCGCUGCCCCCUCCGGCCGAUCGCCCCGCCAAGGGGGUGAGCCCCGGCGCCGCUCCCCCGCUCCCUCCCCCUCAGGCUGACAAACCCGCCAAGCUCCAAGCAGGCCCUUCGCACCCGCUCCCUCCUCCUCCCCCUCCUCCGCCGCUGCCCCCCGUGCCCCCUUGCGGGCUGCCGGGCAGGGCUGAGCCCUCUGCGGCCGCCGCCGCUCCGGCCGAAGGCAGGGACUGCGCCCUUCCCACGCCUCCGCCGCCGCCUCCUCCUCCUCCUCCGCCGCCACACGCGGCCGCCAACAGGCUCUCCUUUCCCCCCUCCCCGGCCCUCAGCGGUGCCGACCUGCCCCCGCCGCUGCCUCCCAAGUCUCCCCAUUUGCUGCCGCAGUUGCACAAGCCAAGCAACAUCCAGUCGCUGCCGCUGCCACCCACCCCCGGGCCCCCCCAGCCCGCAGCCGUGGUGGACACCAGAAAGAAGCGACCCGGCCGAGGCGCAGGAACCGGUGCUGGGAAGCUGGUCACACCUCCACAGCCACCAGCAAGAUCCCCAACAACUGAACUUACAAGCAAGUCUGGAGUCUCAGCCUGGGCUACAGCUCAUGACCCCUACACACCACUUAAAAAUGGAAAUAUGCACAUCAUUGAUGACUUCGAAUCGAAAUUUACUUUCCAUUCUGUGGAAGAUUUCCCCCCACCUGAUGAAUUCAAACCAUUUCAGAAAACAUAUCCCAGCAAGAUACCCAGAGAUCCUUCUAAAAAUCCUCCAUUAAGAACACAUGUGAGAUGAGAAGAGUCUUCUGAUGCUCUCUGGACUACUAUUAAAAAAGAAGAUCAAGAUAAUAUAUAAAACAGAAGGGGUUCCUGUU